CAAGUAAAACACAAAUCUUGUAAAACGCCCAGUAUCUAGUGGUACAUGGUCCAUCGAAUGUCAAUUUGUCCUUUUGAAAAUACGAGACAUUAUACAUCAUGCUCCGUUUAUUGGUUGUCUUUGGUCUUUUCUCUGUUUUGCAGUGUGAUCUUUUCAGUGCUUUAUGUAAAUUACAGGACCUUUUAAGAGAAGAAGAGAAAUUACAAUUAAGUUUGAAUAGAUACAUCAGUAGUAUUCAGGAGAGCGGACAGGAUGUUCCCCCAGAAAUAUUAAGGUUUUCUGAGUCGCUUAAAAUAAAACGAAAGAAUAUCAAGGAUGGGUAUCGCUACAUCGAACACCCUAUUAACGACUUCCAUCUACUGUAUCGAUUUGUCGUGGAAUGGCAGUCGGUAUUUGAUAACAUCUGGUGCAAAGAUUGCGAGGAUACUGAAGCUGCUAAAGAUUUUAAUUUCACUGUUCAGCUGGUGAGCAAGCGUCUUGGUCUGUGGCCCUCGACCUACGAUUUAGACGGGGCAUCAAGCGCUCUCCUCCGAUUGUGGAAGGUGUACAAGCUAGAUCUCAAUAAAUUCAUCAAUGGCAUUGUCCAAACAUACACUGCAGACCAACCUAUGUCUGAUGACGAGGUGUUGACCGUAGCGAAGUUCGCGGACAGUGUCAAGGACGACUACUCAGAAAUGAGAUGGCUAGAAGCUUUGUACAAAAGAUUACAAACACGGGAUGGGUUCUCCUACAACCAGACCACUGUGAUUCGUGUUGCGCGGUCACUAGCAGCGUCUUUCUACAAAUUAGGUUUUCCAAAGAGAGGGAUUCUUAUUUUGGAACCUUUCCAUAGUUUAGAUAACCGUGGUAUAAAUCGAGACGUAGCGUUUUAUCUGUCCAGUGCGAACAGCAACGAGAACGAGACCAUUCCAGAACCAACACCAAAGGAUGCAAUGUACGAAGCUCUAUGUCGUGAGGAACAAAAAAGUCUACAGGAGCUAGCCAAGCUUCGGUGCUUUUUAAGGGAAACUGUUAUACCUUAUUACAAAGCAAAAGAGGAAGUUGUCAAUUACGAACCAAGGAUUGCCAUUUUUCAUGACGUCAUCUCUCCCACCAGUAUUGAACAUCUAAAAUCCGUUGCUUCCAAGGGAUUCACAAGAUCCACCGUUUUUCUAGAAAAUACCGGGCCAGAUGGACAUGUAACGUAUGGAAAACUUGAUAACGUACGCGUGAGUCAAACAUCUUGGCUUGGUACAGAUGAAUACCCAGAGCUAUCGCGGCUUGAGAACAGGAUCAAACUUACAACAGGACUUAGUGCCGAGUACAAGUCAGUGAGAAGUCACUCCGAGAAAUUCCAGGUGUUGAAUUAUGGAGUGGGAGGAAUGUACACCGUUCACUACGAUUAUACGGGGUACAUGCUGGGGAUACCAUCUAAUCCGUUAGACUCUGAUGACAUUAGAACUUCCGGUGAGAGAAUGGCAACCUGGAUGUUUUAUUUGAAUGACGUCAAAGCUGGUGGCGCCACAGUAUUUCCGGAAGUAAAAACAAGAAUACCAGUUGCCAAGGGAGGAGCGGCGUUUUGGUAUAACGUGAGACCGAGUGGAGCGACAGAUCCCCGAACUUUACAUGGGGGCUGUCCAGUCUUAGUUGGAUCUAAAUGGGUGAGCAACAAGUGGAUUCGUGAAGAAGGACAGAUGGACCGAAGGUUAUGUGGUCUGACCGAAGAUGCUGUUGAAAACUUUCCAAAAAUUUGACAAGUGCUAAUUUACCGGCAACGAAGUUGUAUUGGUUGGGUCAAUCUGGUAUCAUACUUCAAAUUUUGAAAUCAAAUUGUAAAUGAGUGGAAGUACCAAACUAAAGACAGCUGAAACUAGGACCAUGCUGUUCACAAUUUAUUACACCUUGCAUUAAAAUUAUGGAAAAGGUUAUUUUGAUUCAUGUAUUUUGUUUACAAAAUUAUGUGAAAACUCUAAAACUACUUAAUCAGAAACAUCAUCUGUAUAUAAUCGUUUUAUGUUUAAUAAACCUUUCAAACAACACAAUUUUUGUUGUAAAGACCUCGAAAUCAUAAAGCCAUCUUAGAAUUAAGUCGAAAAUUGCACACUGCCUUAUAAAUGUCUUUUGAUUGAAAACACAGCGACGAAAUUGACAUGAUAUUAAAACUGCCUUGACAUAACGUUGUUAAUUUCAAAUUUCGAGUCAAUCUUCAUUUUAUGAUUAAAGAUUAUUUUAUGACUGACAGAAAGUUUGACUUAAGUCUGAAAUUGCUUCAUUAUCCUGAGACCUGAUGGGUUUUUUAAUAGAAAGAUAAACGCCUAUCUUAUUUUAUACCAUAAACGAUUACAUACAAAUGAUGUUUGUGUUUAAUUACUGUAGUUGUAGCAUUUUCACAUAAAGUUUGUUACCAAGGUACUUGAUUCAAAAUAAAUAAACAUAGAAUGCUAUAAAACAACAAAAAUUCUCAAUAUGGUACUUUAUAAAGCCGAACAGACAUUUUAUCUGUUUUGUGGACUUUUUUGUAAAAGUAUUUUGUAUAGUUGUUGUAGCAACUGUCCAUUAUAACCGAAGAAGUAAAAAAGAAACAAUUAGAAAAAAGACAACGAUUUAUUGUUCUGUGGUAUUUGUCAAUCGAUCAGUGCUUACGUUUAGAUAAUAAAAUAGCAACACACGU